AUGGCCUGCUCAAACAAUGAGUCAUGGUGCCAAGGUCUAGACUGCCUUGCCUCACGUUCUGCUGCAUGGUACGAACAGGGAGCUCGUUUUGCAAAAUGGCGUACUGUGGUAAGCAUUCCCAAUGGACCAUUUGAACUUGCUGUGAAGGAAGCAGCUUGGGGACUUGCUCGCUAUGCUGCCAUCUCUCAGGACAAUGGUCUGGUUCCAAUUGUUGAGCCAGAGAUCUUGCCUGAUGGUGAUCAUGGAAUCCACAUGACUUUUGAAGUAGCCAAAAAGGUGUGGGCUGAGGUUUUCUUCUAUCUUGCCCAGAACAAUGUGAUGUUUGAAGGUAUCCUCUUCAAGCCAAGCAUGGUCACUCCUGGUGCAGAGUGCAAGGAUAAGGCAACUCCCGAACAGGUUGCUAGCUACACCCUCAGCCUCCUGGCGCCAAGAAUCCCUCCAGCUGUUCCUGGAAUCAUGUUUUUGUCUGGUGGGCAGUCUGAAGUUGAGGUUACCUUGAACUUGAAUGCAAUGAAUCAAGCACCAAAUCCAUGGCAUGUGUCGUUCUCAUAUGCAAGAGCCCUUCAAAAUACUUGCCUGAAGACGUGGGGAGGCAGACCUGAGAACGUGAAGGCGGCUCAGGACACGCUGCUUGUUCGGGCAAAGGCCAACUCCCUCGCCCAACUUGGCAAGUACACAGAUGAAGGAGAGUCUGAGGAGGCCAAGCAAGGAAUGUUUGUCAAGGGUUAUGUUUACAAGGCUCUUUUGAAUCAAAUCCACAGAAGAAGACAAUGACGAUAAAAUUAUUAA